AUGAUACUAUUUUCCGGUCAAUUACCAUACUUAGUUCCAAUUCCAUUACUUCUUUUUAUUCUCUCAAAUUUUUCCGAUUCAAUUAAUACCCCAAAACGACGAAUUAUCCGUUUAUUAACUCCAUUAUCUAAGAAAGCAUCCAGUAAUGGUCAACAGUUAUUUCAAAACAUUGCAAAUGAUGAAAUGCAAGAUAUUGAUAACAUUUAUAUGAAAUUAUCUGAUUGGGCAAAAAAUGAAGGAUCCAAUUUUAUGAAAACAUUCGAAGAAAUUAUGAAGAAAACAGAAAAAGAAGCUUAUGAAAAACGUGAAGAACUUGGAAUGGAAAUAGAUCAAUUACCACCGUUAGUAAUUGAUGCUAUUCAAGUUGUUGAUAUAUUUCGGCAAGAUCCAACCAAAAGUAAUCAUGAAGAAAAGAAAAUGAUAAACGAUUUGAAGAAAACAAUAGAGCCGUUGUUUGUUAAUCGUUAUCAAAUCAUGUUGGAUCGUGCACAGAAAUUACAAGAUGAAUAUGGUAUCCAUUUGUUUCGGUCACCUUUUGCUAAACGUAGAAAACGUUAUUUCAACAAUGAUGAGUUGUAA